AUGAGAGCUGUACUUCUUCUACGACCUCUAGGUCAGGCGGGCAAGCAAAGGUUAAUACACUCGACUGUUAGGAGAAUGGACGACGAAUCUGGUCGUCUUCGUGAUUUAUUAGCGAAAUUUCAAGAUCCAAAUUCCCAUUACCACAUUCCACCGGGAAGCAAAGGACCUGAACAUGAAGAAGAUCAUUCUACUUCACAAGAUCCCAGAUUAUUCUCACGUUUCAAAGCUGGAAGAGAGAGGCAACGAUUAAAUAAACCAUCUUCGUCAAGAUUGGGUGUUCCAGAAACCAGACCGUCCAUACAAUGGUCUGAGCCUUCUCCGUCUGGUGGGAGGAACGUACCUCAUGAUAGACCAUGGCUGGAUGAUUCAAGUGAUAGUAAAACGAAAGCUUUGAAUUAUUUCAGGGAACAAGGUUAUGAUACUGCUGGAAUCUUGACUUGGCCUGUAGCUUGGGGUGACUGUGAUACCUAUCGUCAUGUCAACAAUGUUAGGUUUCUUGAAUGGUUUCAAUCUGCUCGUCUUAGAUAUGCUGAGAGCUGGGCAGGUGAUAUGCCAGAAGGGUAUAUAAAGAGGAUGAUAAAAGGUGAAGGUACAGGAUUCAUAUUAAAAGAUGUUUCAAUCAAGUACAAAGCUCCAGUCAAUUAUCCUGAUACGGUCUUGGUGACGAAUCAAAUACAUUCUAUCAAUGCUGAAAGAGCAUGUUUCGGACACAAACAUAUAGUGUGGUCGUUAAGGGAUGAAAGAGUCGCUGCAACUUGUGAUAGUACGAUUGUAAUGUAUGAUUAUGAUAAUUUGAAGAAAGGAAAGAUGUCAGAUGAGUUUAGAGAGAUGUUAGAAAACGUAGUAGAUAGUUAUGGUAAAUAG